AGAUUUUAAUAAUACUAUUUGGUUUUAAAAAAAGACCAUUUCUUGCGUCGUACAACUAUAUAUAAUUGUUAACAAUAGGUUUGCAAAAUUAAUAAUGCAAUUUAUAUUUCAAUACAGUAUUACAAUUACAUUGAGUCUAGUAAGCCGCCAUUUUUAUUCUCAACUCAUAAUUUUGAACAUUCUAUUAAUUCUCAUUCUAUAAAUUUUGAUCAUGAUCGUUUAUAUCGAACUUUAGAUAUAAUGCUUCCAGAUAACAACAAUAUAGUUGUUGAGAAGGCAUUUAGAACGUGAAAAAAUAGAUAACAGAUUUUAAGUCCAUAAAAUGAAUAGGCGUUUACAAUAUGUAACAAACACAUUAUUCGCCCUUAUCCUCCUGAUAUUUUUCUGAAUGUAUACACGUUCAUAUUCUGAUUUAACGAUAAAUUACAAUAAAAUACAAAUACUAUUUCCCGAACAGUAAUUCUUCGAAUAGAAUUCUUUUAACAUAUGAACGGCUAUUUUAUAUUUUUAUAUUUGAAAAAAUGUCUAAGGAUAGGAACAUUAGUAUUUGUUAAUUUAAAAGUGUUGCUGUAAUAUUUAAAUUUUCAGACAUUGUUACCCUUAUCACGAGCUGAAUAUAAAUUCGGUAACCGGAUGCGAUGGAAGUGACAUUGCAGAAUUGCAUGUUCCUGAUGAAAGUAAUGUUUAUAACAAUAUACAGAACACUAGAGAUUUAGAGACGUUUACUUGGCCAAAGGUUUUUUCAGACAUGGACUUGACGGUUGGGCUUCCUUAUUGCACUUACGAUUACAAUGCAAGCGUGUUUGGUGAUUGGUUUAAAUGUGAAAGAGAUAACAAAAUCAUACCAGAGUCGAUGGUCUGUAUUUAUUCCGUAGAUGCUUACGGUUACAUGACUGGAUGUAGAUCUGGGGACCAUUUACAAAAUUGUGAAAAAAUCCUUUGCCCUGAAAAUACAGUCAAAUGUCCUGACAGUUACUGCAUUGAACAGAGAUUUCUUUGUGAUGGACAUAUUGAAUGUCCUGGAGGAGAAGACGAACAAGAUUGUACUUGUACAGAUUCGGAUAGAGAAGUUAUCUUAUUUGUGGAAGAUGGAGACCCCGAAAUCGGAGAAACAGCAGUACAUUUAGCUAAACAAUUUUUUACAAACACUAAGAAUAGUAUUGUGAGAUUAUUUUAUUUUAAGAGUCUGAAUGUAUCGGUGGAUUUUGACAUUACCUUUAGGUUGUUGGAAAUACGAGUAGAACGUGUUAAUCAAAUACGAAAAACUGAAUGCAAGUAUAAAACAAUGGCAAGAGACUUUGUUAAAAGGCUGCACUUUAGCAAAUCAGAAAGAAGAGGUGUUAUUGUGUUUCAGAAUAGUAAUGAAUCAGCAGUUGUUUCCAGUUUAGCAUUGUCCAAUCUCUCACAGCCAGUGUUUUCAAUAUAUCGGGUGGUAAAAGAUUUCAGUUCUUCACUUUAUAAAGAUGAUAAAUACAAAUUUGUAAAAGACAUUCAUAUCAGUAAAUGGAGGUCUCUGUAUUGGACUGGAUUCAGGAGAUUUCCAGAAAUAUGUACAGGUGAGUGA